ACUUGAUGAAAGAUCAGGAAAGGAGGCAAAGACCCGGGCUUUCCCUUGGAAACACAGUUGGGAUACGCUGCUUUUUGGCACAAGUAGUCUCAAAGGAAUCCCUGGCUCUGAGACCGAAAGGCUUCAGGCUCACAGCAGUCCUCUCGGGGCAGCCCUGGCUCACCACAGCACACCCACCUGGGAGGCUGGGGCAGGCAGAGAAACUCAGCGAGCGCAGCCACGUGGGCCGAGAGCCGGGUGGGGUCCUUGGACUUCCGGGUUUCAGCCCCUCCGCGGGAGGAGAGAAGGGCCCGGCCCCCAGGCUGCCAGAGGCUUAAGUCGGCAGCCAGGGAGAGGCCAGGCCAAGCCUACAGUGCGGGCACAGGACAGAGGUGAUCCGUGAAAAGGAGUCCAGCAGAGUAAAGGGGACUGAGAAGACCCAGGGAGAGGACUUGGGACUUUAAAAAGGGUGGACACUAAAAGUUCCUCUAACACACAGGAACUGCCCAUGCUCAGAGCAGACCUUCAGAACAGCGGGGCCACCAGUGUCUCUCUUCAGUUGCCAGGCAGACCCAGGAUAGGAUGGGCAGCCCCGUGCACCGAGUGUCACUAGGGGACACCUGGAGCAGCCGCGUGCAUGCUGACAUAGACAGCGAGAGGCAUGGGCCAUCCUUCGACGUGGAACGGCUCACCAACAUCCUUGACAGAGGUGCCCAGAACACUGCACUCCGGAGGAAUGUUGAGAGCAUCAUCUGCAGUGACCCAGAGUUUACCUGUAAGGACAAUUAUUUCAUGACCCAGAAUGAACGUUAUGAGGGCGCCAUGCGGAAGACGGUCCACCUCCACAUGAUAGCACGGAAACUGGGCUGGUCAGAAGAGGAAUUAAACUGUGCUUACAGUGCCCUUUCUGGAGACUUGGCGUUAAAUGUGCACCAAGUCUUCUUGACAGCCCUCAGAAGCCUGGGCUCGGAUGAACAGAUUGCCAAAUGGGAGCCCCUGUGCAAAACAUUCCAGAUCAUCACAACAUAUGCCCAAACAGAACUGGGACAUGGGACAUACCUUCAGGGCCUGGAGACUGAAGCCACCUAUGACACAGCCACCCAGGAGUUUGUGAUACACAGCCCCACGAUGACUGCCACCAAAUGGUGGCCUGGGGACCUGGGACGGUCAGCCACGCACGCCCUGGUCCUUGCCCAGGUGAUCUGCUCGGGAGCCCGGCAGGGCAUGCAUGCCUUCAUUGUGCCCAUCCGGAGCCUUCAGGACCACACCCCACUGCCAGGAAUCACCGUUGGGGACAUCGGGCCCAAGAUGAACUUUGAUCAAACAGACAAUGGCUUCCUGCGACUGGACCAUGUGCGAGUCCCUAGGGAGAACAUGCUCAGUCGCUUCACACAGGUCUUGCCAGAUGGCACCUACAUCAAGCUUGGAACAGCAAAGAGCAACUAUCUUGCUAUGGUGGUGACUCGGGUGAAACUGCUAUUAGGCGAGAUCCUCCCACUGAUGAAGAAGGCUUGUGUCAUCGCCAUACGCUACUCAGUCAUACGCCGCCAGUCCAAGCUCCGGCCCAGUGGCCCAGAAGCAAAAGUCCUGGACUACCAGACACAGCAGCAGAAACUCUUUCCUCAGUUGGCCAUGAUCUAUGCCUUCCAUUUCCUGGCAGUCAGCAUCUUGGAAUUCUUCCAGCAUGCCUACAGUGCCAUUCUGGACAAAGACUUCAGCCUCCUGCCUGAGCUCCACUCACUGAGCACAGGUGCAAAGGCCAUGAUAGCAGACUUCUGUACCCAGGGAGCCGAGAUAUGCCGCAGGGCCUGUGGCGGACACGGAUACUCAAAGCUGAGUGGCCUGCCAUCACUAGUCACCAAAGUGUCAGCCUCCUGCACCUACGAGGGUGAGAACACUGUGCUGUACCUGCAGGUGGCCAGGUUUCUGGUGAAGAACUAUCUGCAGGCUCAGAUGUCCACUGGAUCCACAUCACCGAAGUCUCUUCCUCCAUCUGUUGUGUAUCUCACUGCAUCUGACCUGUCCAGGUGCCCAGCCCAGAGUCCAGUCGACUUCCUCUGCCCAGAGCUCUACACCACAGCCUGGGCACAUGUAGCAACCAGGCUCACAAAAGAUUCGGUACAUCAUUUGCAGACCCUGAUGCAAUCUGGGGCGGACCAGCACGAGGCCUGGAACCAGAGCACUGUCAUACACCUCCAGGCUGCUAAGGCACACUGCUACUAUAUCUCUGUGAAGAGUUUUAGAGAAGCUCUGCAGAAACUAGAAAAUGAACCUGCAAUUCAUCAGGUGCUCAAGCGCCUCUGUGACCUCCAUGCCUUACACGGCAUCCUGACUAACUCAGGUGAUUUUCUCCAUGAUGGCUUCAUGUCUGGGACCCAAGUGGACAUGGCAAGAAAGGCCUACCUGGACCUGCUCCCCCUGAUCCGAAACCCAGGGAUCGCUUCAGGAAAGCCCCUAACAUAAAAGAAGAAGACCAAAACAAGCCAGGACAAGGCAGCUCUGAGGACACAGAGAAUCUUCAGGAAGAAGAAAACUGUUUUAAAAAUCAGUAAUGUCACAAAGAGAACUAUGAAACUUUAAGAAAAUAAAUAGCUGAAGAUGUUAACAAAUGGAAAAACAUACCAUGCUCAUGGCUGGGAAGAAUCAACAUUGUUAAAAUGUCCAUACUACCCAAAGCAAUAUAUAAUUUUAAUGCAAUUCCUAUUAAAGCUCCAUUGUCAUAUUUUAAAGAUCUUGAAAAAAUAAUACUUCGUUUUACGUGGAAUCAGAAAAAAACCUCGAAUAGCCAAAACAUUACUCAGCAAUAAAAACACAGCUAGAGGAAUCAUGCUACCAGGCCUGAGACUGUACUAUAAAUUGAUAGUGAUCAAAACAGCAUGGUAUUGGCACAAAAACAGAGAAGUAGAUGUCUGGAACAGAAUAGAGAACCAACAGAUGGAUCCAGCUACUUACCGUUAUUUGAUCUUUGACAAGCCAAUUUAAAACAUUCAGUGGGGAAAAGAUUCCCUAUUUAACAAAUGGUGCUGGGUGAACUGGCUGGCAACUUGUAGAAGAUUAAAACUGGACCCACACCUUUCACCAUUAACUAAGAUAGACUCUCACUGGAUAAAAGAUUUAAACUUAAGACAUGAAACUAUAAAAAUACUUGAAGAAAGUGCAGGGAAAACUCUUGAAGGAAUCGGCCUGGGUGAAUAUUUUAUGAGGAGGACUCCCCAGGCAAUUGAAGCAGUAUCAAAAAUACACUACUGGGACCUGAUCAAACUAAAAAGCUUCUGCACAGCCAAGAACAUAGUGAGUAAAGCAAGCAGACAGCCCUCAGAAUGGGAGAAAAUAUUUGCAGGUUAUACCUCCGAUAAAGGUCUAAUAACCAGAAUCCACAGAGAACUCAAACAUAUUAGCAAGAAAAGAACACAUGAUCCCAUCUCAGAGUGGGUAAGGGACUUGAAGAGAAACUUCUCUAAAGAAGACAGACACAUGAUCUACAAACACAUGAAAAAAACACAUCAUCCUUAAUCAUCAGAGAAAUGCAAAUCAAAACUACUCUGAGAUAUCACCUAACCCCAGUAAGAGUAGCCCACAUAACGAAAUCCCAAAACCAGAGAUGUUGGCAUGGAUGUGGAGGAAAGGGCACACUUCUACACUGCUGGUGGGAAUGCACACUAAUACAUUUCUUCUGGAAGGAUGUUUGAAGAAUACUUAGAGACCUAAAAAUGACCUGCCAUUCGAUCCUAUAAUUCCUUUACUAGGUUUAUACCCAGAAGACCAAAAAUCACAAUAUAACAAAGACAUCUGUACCAGAACGUUUAUUGCAGCCCAAUUCAUAAUUGCUAAGUCAUGGAAGAAGCCCAAGUGCCCAUCGACCCACAAAUGGACUAGCAAAUUGUGAUACAUGUAUACCAUGGAAUAUUAUGCAGCCUUAAAGAAAGAUGGAGACUUUACUCUUUCAUGUUUACAUGGAUGGAGCUGGAACAUAUUCUUCUUAGCAAAGUAUCUCAGGAAUGGAAGAAAAAGUCUCCAAUGUACUCAGCCCUACUAUGAAACUAAAUUAUAGCUUUCACAUGAAGGCUACAGCACAAGACUAUGAGGAAAGGGCCAAGGAAGGGGAAGGGAGGUGGGAGG